AAGCAAAGCAAGCAGGGCAACUAAAACAUUUUCAGGAUUCCGAGGCAUUCCCUAUUGAGAAACCAGAUUUUCAGUUUGAUUAUCAAAGUGAGUGUUUUUAUUUGUCCCCAAGAGGGGAGAUCAUAAGGUUGAUGCCGCCGAGAGUGGCAUUUUCUGGAGAUUUUUAGAGCUGUCAUGGCCCGUAUUGGAAUUUCUUCUUCCCGGGGUUUUUGUUGUCUCUUCUCUAUCUUGAAGGCUGGGGGCCCCCCUGCCUCGGAUCUUCCGAAGAGGAAGCCAUAUGAGCUCUUUGGAUCCAUCUGGGGAAAUACAAGCAUACCCCUUUCCCUGUAAGAUUAAUUUCCCAAGUUUCCAUUGUUUAUUUAACCCAUCUUGGUAACAAAUGGGCCGAGGAAGAGAAGAAUCCUUCAAUUCUUCGAAAUGUUUUUCUGCUCUAGUCAAGAUAUCUCCUUGUGAAUUUAUAGGAAGCACCCUGAGAUGUCUCAGAUACCUGAACAGGGAUGGAACAACUGGAACAAAGGAUUGGAAGGCCACGGGGACCCUCUCACCAUCUGUCAGCCCCCCUCCUUUCUGCACAAGGACUUCAUUCACUUUUACCAACUUCCUUCCCAAAGCAGGAAGCAUGGCCACAUCCCAGCCUUCUCUGAGGCUUGUGGAAUCUUAACUCCCAGACCAGGGUUCGAACCUGCAUUGAAAGGUUUUGCCUGCAUUGAAAGGCAAAAUCUUAACCCCUGGACCACCAGGGUCUUCGUUCCCCGACCAGGGAUCUAACCUGCACCCUCUGCAUUGGGAGGCUGAGCCUUAACCACUGGACCACCAAGGAAGUCCCAGGGGUGCAUUUUCAUGGCCACCACAAGUCCCUCUCAGCCAGCACCCUAAGCAGCAGCUCUCCCGUCCUCCUUAACCCUUUGGAGAUAAUUCAGAAAUACAAGCCCACGCCUGAAAGCGACCAGGAGGAAGGAUAGCUUUAGAUGAUGCAAACAGAAAUUCCACCGGCCUCCAGAUACCAUCAUGUGUCAUGUUUCGCCAGGCUCCACAAGCUUGUGCUUCAGACUGGCUUGGUCACUCGCAGGUGAGCAGGCUGAAGACUCUGCUCCCCGGAAAGGAGAAGAUGACUGACACUGAGUUGAACUACGUUCACAGGCUGGCCGAGGACUAUCUGAAAUAUGUGUUGCAGAUACAGCAACCUGGAUCCGGGGCAAGCAAAACAUCCAGGGUGUUACAAGUUGUGGCUUCCUCUGUCCAGAACGAAGUGGAAAGAACGUUGAAGCAGUGCUUGGAUAAGUUUGAUGUGGUGUCCAUAGACACUGCCAGAAGAAUAUUCAACCAAGUGAUGGAAAAGGAAUUUGAAGAUGGCAUUGUUAACUGGGGCAGGAUUGUAACCAUAUUCGCCUUUGCAGGUAUUCUUAUCAAGAAACUUCUGGGCAAGUGUAUUGCCCCAGACAUGGACAUGUGCAAGGACAUUUCUUACUUUGUGGCGGAGUUCAUCACCGAAAACACAGGAGAAUGGAUAAGGCAAAAUGGAGGCUGGGAAAAUGGCUUUGUAAAGAAGUUUGAAACCAAAUCUGGCUGGCUGACUUUUAUGGAAGUUACAGGAAAGAUCUGUGAGACAUUAUGUCGCCUGAAGCAAUACUAUUGACUGAAAAGGACACUCCACAUUGUGAAAUUUGUCUAAUUUUUUAUCUCAUACAAGAAGUACUGUCAACACUUACUCCUACUUCUAAACAGAGAACUUUGAUGAUGUAACUUGACAUUCUGGAGUUAUGGGAAUUUUGUCCCCAUUUUAGUGAAUAAAUUGUAUGUAUUACUUAUA